CCGGCACUUGUCUUUCCUUAAAAAACAAACCCUAGCACUUUGUCUUAACUCACCUCUAGUCUUCUCCAAUCUUUCAUAGUUCACCCCCUCCCCUACGAUCAGACGACGCCGGCGACUGUAACUCCGAUCAGUCCAACCGCAAUUUCCCUUUGUUUUGGACUAGGUUUAAAGGAUUUUCCCUUUGUUUUUCUUAUCCUUUUUUCUGUAUGAGGAAUGUUUCAACUGGUUUGACAGAACACACAUAUAAACCCAAUUAAUCUUAAUAGAAGCCAUUGGAUAAACCCUAUCUCUUCUCAUCUCACUUCAGUUGCCCCACCGUAGGUCGCCACUGUUCUCAUCUCCCAUCACCGGCUGCCGGAGGCUCCCCAACCGGCGCUCUAACCUCGUCUCGUCACUUAUUAGAAGUAGGGUUGAAGCCAAAUCUCUGUCAAAGUAUGAAAGGUGGAAGAAAGAACUUACAGAGGGCAUCAGAGCAUCAUAUCGCGAGCCUCGAAGAUGGUCAUAGCAUUAUGCUGGUUGUCUCAAUUCGUGGUUCCAAUCUAAUUGAGGUAAUGGAUGCACAAGGUGGGAAAUCACUGGCAUUAUUUCCUGCCAAGUUUCAAAAGAGUAUGUGGAUAAAACGAGGGAGUUUCGUUGUAGUUGAUGAAAGUGGAAAGAAGAAUGCUCUUGAAUCUGGAAGCAAGGUGGCAUGCAUUGUUUCUCGAGUUCUAUAUUUUGAACAAGUUCGCGAGCUUCAAAAAUCCCCAGGAUGGCCAGAAAUCUUCAAGAAUGCAAUUGUUGGAGAUCGAAACGAAAAUCUUCGAGCACAAAAUAAUCAACCAGAAGAGGAUGAGGUCAAUUCGAGUGAUGAUGAUGGCCUUCCCCCUUUAGAAGCCAACACGAACAGAGCUAAACCAUUAAUAUUACAACCGGAUGCCGAAUCAGAGUCUGAUUCAGAUUCUUAACUUGUAUAUUAGUUUUAACUCUACACUCUUUUAUUUAAUUACCAUGGACAUUCAUUUUGAUCGUUUGUCCUACGAUUAAAAAUUUUAAUUUUGUAAUAAAAUUUCUGAGUACCUAUUUUUGAA